AUGUACAAUCCCGUCUGUGGAAAUGGCACUGCCGAGGCCUUUUUCAAUGAACAUGUCUUUCCUCGUCUCGAGGAAGCGAAUAUCCAAGUUACCCAAAGAGUGGCAACUGGAGCCGCUGGACAUGCUGGCACCAUAGUGUUCGAAUUCCUCGAACGAUAUGAGGGCAACGUGACAGUCAUACUGGGCUCCGGUGAUGGAACACUGCACGAAAUCAUCAACGCCCUCUCACUCGUGGCACUGAAAGGUGUACGUGAGCAUGUUGUAUCAUCCCCAGUUCGUGUAGUUCUUGUCCCGUGUGGGACGGCAAACGCUCUCUACUGCUCGUUAUUCAAACCAACCUCCACUAAUGAGGGCCCAGCAUACAAGCUGAAGUCUCUUGAAGCAUUCAUCAGGGGCUCAAAUGUCGUUCCCCUCACGCUGGCUGUCACGACUCUAUCUUCUCCACCGAGCUCAAAGCAAUCUUGUUCCAAGGUCGCUGUUUCAGCGGUAGUGACCUCUACUGCUUUGCACGCCUCUAUCCUCCAUGACUCCGAGAGCCUGAGGAAAGAAAUGCCAGGCAUCGAAAGAUUCAAAGUUGCUGCGAGGAACAACAUCACGCAAUGGUACAGCAGCCAUGUCAAGCUCCUGCCUGCGCGAUCUGCUCAGGCUGUAGAGAUAUACGAUCCAGACCAAAAGACUUUCGUAACUCACGAAGAUUCAGACGACCAUGGCAUUGUAGAUGUGUAUGGCCCAUUUGCAUACUUUCUUUCUACCGUCAAUGUCGAUCGUUUGGAACCUACUUUCAGAAUCACCCCUCUAGCGUCCGAUUCUGUUUCGUCGGAAGUCUCGCUAGACCUUGUCAUGGUUCGACCUCACCGUGAUCCUAGCUUCGUCAUGGAUACCAUAGAAGCUCGAAAUGCAUUUGCAGAAAAAUCACAUACCGUGCUGACUGCAGCAUACCAAGAUGGGAAUCACAUUAACCUGAGAUACACCGACGAUGGAAAGAUAACCAGUGAAGGGACAGGUCCCACUGUGGUAGAAUAUAUCCGGUGCAGAGGAUGGGAAUGGAUACCCGAUGACGUCGAUGGAAAGGCCCACCUUCUAUGCUCAGAUGGAGCCAUAUUCUCAAUCGUGAAAGGCGGAAGAGCAGCAUGCAGGGCAGUAGUACCAGCCAAUGAUGCAGGAUUUUUGGUAUACGUCUAA